UCGACAUACAUAUAUACAAUUAAGACGUUGCUCAUCUCCAAUAUUUGCAAACUACAUUUUUAUUUGCGUCUACUUUUUAAUUAGAAUAAUAAAUAAUGAGGGAUCGGGACCGGCGUGACAGAGAUCGUGAGAGGGAAAGGGACAGAGAUCGGGAGCGAGACAGGGAUCGAGAGCGGGAUCGCGACCGGCGGCAUCGUUCCAAGUCGCCAGCCAGGAGCAGCCGGCAGAGCUCCAAAUCGAAGAAGAAAAAGUCAAAGAAGUCGAAGAAGUAUUCACGGAGGAGUCGCAGCAGCAGUCGCAGUUCCUCGCGAAGCUCCUCCAGCAGCAGGAGCAGUUCACGCAGUAGGCACAGCAAGAGCAGAAGCAGGGACCACAAAUCCCGAUCCGUAUCCCAGAGGACCACAAGGGCUCCCAGUUCCGAGAGUAACUCCCGAUCCGCGACCACACCCACAGCUGCCCCUGCCAAAGUCAAACCCAUCGAUCUGCUGGACACCAAGGUGCAGAAGGCUCUGGAGACCAUAGACGAAGACUCCUUCAAGCCGACCGCCUUCUUCAGCUCCCGAGAUUCAAAGGAUACUUCCGAAAAGGUGAUCAUAGACCUGAACAACGAAACGGUCACAGUGCCCAACAAGCCAGCCAUUCCAGUCCGAAACGAAGAUGUAAUAUUCCAUCCGAACUUCCUUGGCGACCCGGAUCUCAAGGCAGAUAAGUGGCUGCGCAAGCUGUACAAUUACCGCCAAAAGUACAUGCAGGAGUAGUUGAGUUCAGACUCUGUAUUUAAGAAACAAUAAACCUAUGCCUAGAA